AUUAUUAUUAUAUAGCAUAAACAGUGAACUGGAUUUAAUCCGAGAAUGUCUUCCGCAUCUGUGUUUUAUGAAGUUGCGCAAUUUUCUGUUGAGACUUUCCUGACUGUAACUUCCUGAUACACUUUGUUUCACUUUUCAUUUCUGUAAACUUCCCUGAUUUCGAGGAGAGCACGGAUGUUUUGACAGCGCUGUAUCGUUUAAAAUACAAACACGCACACGGAGAGUGUUUUAAAUACUGUUGUCCUAUGGUUGGUUUCAAGGUUAAAUUAUGGCUGCCUUAGAUGCCUCUAGAAAUAUACAAGAAGCGGAGGAUGCAGCUCAAAUGCUCAGUGACGCCAUCAACUCUAGAGACAAAGAUGAAGCAACCAAAUACCUGAAUCGACUUCUGGAUCUGAAACUACCAGUGUCUGUCAAAAUAAACCCUGAAGCGUACGCUAAAGACAGCAUCAGGUUGAGAGUAGGAGUGGCGGAUGCUGCAUCAGACGCCUACAUCCCAAUAACAGUGAUGGUACCAGUUUACAUGACAAUCUCAGAACUGAAAGAAAAGAUCAAUCGUGACUAUGACUUCCACCCGGCCCUCCAGCGUUGGGUGAUCGGGAAGCGUCUGGCCCAGGACAAGGACACCUUGUAUCAUUACGGGGUCAGAAACCACGACGAUUCUGCCUUCCUCUUCAUCCUUACUGCCCAGGCUGCCAAUCUGAGCCGGGAGCAAGAGAGAAAAGAGAAAGAGGACAAACGGAUUGAUGAUAUAAUCGAGAUCAUUGAGCGUCCACCUCAUCGGCCACCAGAGCUCAUCGCCAGAGGAGCCUGUCGCCCUCCUCUACCUCCCAAACCUCAGCUGGUUGGUUGGUCAUGUCCUGACUGCACGUUUCUGAACAAACCGACACGUCCGGGAUGUGAGAUGUGCAGCACAGCGAGACCUGACAACUAUAAAGUGCCUGACAUAUACCAGCCGGACGAGGCAGAAACCAGGAGACUCCAGCAGGAGGAACUCGCCAGCCUGCAGUACGAGCAGUCUGUUAAGGAUGAACGGGAGAGGAAUUUCCAAGAACUCCUGGAAACGGAUUCCCGCAGUCUGGUGGAGAACAUAGAUGAGCUGGAUUGUGCCAUCUGCUUUUGCACCAUCAUGCCAGGAGAGGGCGCCGUGCUGAGAGAGUGCCUGCAUAGCUUCUGCAGGGAAUGUCUGAAGGAAACGGUUCUGAACUGCACGGAUGCAGAAGUGGCAUGUCCUUAUAGAGACGAUGCUUAUUCCUGUAACUGCAAACUUCAAGAUAGAGAAAUCAGAUCACUUCUAUCUCAGGACGAGUACCAGAAGUUUCUAGAACUGAGGCUGAACAUCGCAGAGUCCCGCAGUGAGAACAGUUACCACUGUAAGACGCCCGACUGCGCCGGCUGGUGCAUCUUCGAAGAUGACGUGAACGAAUUCACAUGUGACAUCUGCAACGAGACCAACUGCCUCCUCUGCAAGGCUAUUCACAAGGGAAUGAACUGCAAGGAGUACCAGGACGACCUCCGUAUUCGAGCGCAGAAUGACGACGCAGCCCGACAGACCACAGAGAUGCUGGAUCAACUCCUGAACAACGGCGAGGCAAUGAACUGUCCCAAAUGUCAGGUGAUCGUCCAGAAGAAGGACGGCUGUGACUGGAUCUGCUGUCUUAUGUGUAAGACCGAGAUCUGCUGGGUGACCAAACAAGCCCGAUGGGGACCUCAGGGUGCUGGAGACACAUCAGGUGGUUGCAGAUGUCGAGUCAACGGAGUCCUCUGCCAUCCACGCUGCCAGAACUGCCACUGAACACAAGCAAAAACCUGCGCUACAGCAAAAAAACACUUAUAACCCCUUAAAAUAAUCCAGGUGGAUUAUUUUAGCUGAUGUGCUACAUACAGUUUGCGAUUAUAGCUUUAAUACAUUCGUUAAGUCAUAUCACUGGCACAUUAAUCCAGAUACCUGUAUUUAAUUGAUAUGUUCUAUGACUAAAUAUUCAGAACAUGUUUACAAAAUUAAAAUAUUUGAAGUUUCAUGGGAUAGUAUAAACUGAUGAAAAAGGGACAUUUUUAAAAUAUACGUGAAACGGUCUUAAUUCACUACCAUUUUCUGGCAAACUGAUGAUGUGGGACUUUGUGCAAUGAUAUAGUAAGAUGAAAGCAUUAUUGUGCUUAAAUCUUUAUUUCUUUUAAGGCCGUUUUUGUUUAGAAUCCAAAGAUUUUUUUUUGUAAGAUCAUAGCAAAAUAUGCAAUAUGGAACAAUGAAGAAACAACAGAAGAAAACAGCAUAUUCAGGAUUAAUUUAAAUGCAGAAAAAAUGCAAUAGUUUGUAAUCAAAUUAUCAGUUGUGCCUUUUAUGAUGUAUUAAAAAAUGCUUAAUUAUUGUAAUUACUGGUAUAUCAAAAUUUUUAAAAAUUACAUAUUUUCUUAUAUUCCAUUUUUUAUACAUGCUGAUGCAUUUUCAGUACGUGGAUGAUAAUAUUGUUUGUUUACAGUAUUUUAUGAUUCAAUAAAGCUGGUAUACAAAAAUGGUGCUAAUGCAAAUUAUUUUAAAUAAAAUUAAAUAAAUCACCUUUAAAGUCCUCAAUGUAAAUAAUUCACCAAUAAAAACCAAUGCAGAAUUGAUCUUUUCUUUUUAUUUAAACAUAUUUAGCAACAUGGUCAACUGUGACACAUUAACUUCAGCGAACCAGAGACAAUCUCUCAAAGUGCAAAAAAUAAGCAAGAAGCGUGUUCUUUAGUGCAAAAUUAAUGCAAAAUAAAAGCAUAAACAGUACUUGCAUGGAUGGCAACGAGUUAUUUAAAUAAAUCAUGAUUUAAGGAUAUUUUCAACCAAGCAGUGUUAGAAUCCUGGAAAAUAUAUCCACUUGAUUGUUACUCUAAGCUUAGAAGAUGAUGUUUAAUGGAAAUGAUCAGCAUUUAAACAAUAAAAAACAAUGUGCCAUGAUUCAACACCAAUCUGGAGUUCAAUUAGAGAAACUACCAAAUUCACGUUCACCGAUUACACAAUCCAGAAUCAAGAAAUCUCAAGUUUGAUCAUCAGCUAAAGUUAUUCAGAAGGGUUUCGAUUCCAGCUGGGAUUCGUGAAAACUGUACUAAGAUCAGCACUUAUCACAAAAAAUACUGUAAUUAAACUGAAAUGUAGUGAAAAAA